UUUUUGUCUGUGACUCUGUGGCUAAAGUCAAUUUCUGAAAGGUCAGAGAAUUGUGAUUCCGGUUGGAAUAAAAAUUAUUAAAAUUGUUUACAUAAUAUCAGCAACUAUUUCCUUGGAAGUUUAUAAGAAUUAUGUGUUCAUAAAUUGAUAAUUAACGUUUCGUAAUGGUUUUCGAGUCUUUACCCCGUACGGUUCGCAUACUCUUGCUUGGAGAACCUGGAGUGGGAAAAACUUCGCUUAUUCUUUCUUUAGUGACUGAAGAAUUCUCAGAACAUGUACCACCUAAAGCUGAAGAAAUCACAAUCCCUGCUGAUGUCACCCCAGAACAAGUGCCAACCAACAUUGUGGAUAUCUGCAUGGCUGAGCAAACGUUAGAUCAAAUUGGUGAAGAAAUUGAAAAGGCUCAUGUUAUAUGCAUAGUGUUUUCGGUUGAAAAACAAGAAACGCUGAAUAAGAUUGCUUCAUACUGGUUACCGUUUGUAAGGGAAAACUGCCCAGACGACCACAGGAAGCCAGUCAUUCUUGUUGGGAAUAAGAUAGAUUUGAUUGAUUAUUCUGUUAUUGAUCACAUAUGGGACAUAGCUGAAGAGUAUCCAGAAGUGGACCGUUGCAUAGAAUGCUCAGCAAAAACACUUACAAAUGUCUCGGAAAUGUUCUACAAUGCACAAAAAGCGGUGCUACACCCUAUCACACCCAUUUAUUCCAUUGAAGAACAAGAGCUGACAGAAAAAUGUAAAAAGGCCCUUUCAAGAAUAUUCAAGAUCUGUGAUCUAGAUGGCGAUGGACUUAUGGAUGAUUAUGAGAUUACAUUAUUCCAAAGAAAAUGCUUUGAUACUCCACUGCAAUUACAGGUUUUAGAUGAAGUAAAAUCUGUAAUAGCCCAGAACAUUGCUGGGGGCAUAGAGAAUGAUUGUAUCACAAUGAAAGGCUUUAUAUUUUUACAUUGCCUGUUCAUACAACGGGGGAGGAAUGAGACAACUUGGACAGUUCUCCGCAAGUUUGGAUAUGAUGAAUCCUUAGAAUUGAUGCACAGCUAUUUGUAUGCAAACAUCAAAAUACCGUCUGGUUGUACAUCAGAGCUCUCAUACAAAGGCCAGCAGUUUUUGACGCAACUGUUUGAAAAAUACGACAGGGAUAAGGAUGGCAUGCUCAAUCCAACUGAAUUGAAAAAUGUGUUCUCAAGCUGCCCUAGAAUCCCUUGGCACAAUUUGAGAUACACUGUACCUACAAAUGAAAAGGGAUACCUGACGCUGCAAGGCUGGAUGUGUCGCUGGACACUGAUGACGCUUAUGGAUCUACAGAACACAAGUGCCUAUUUAGCCUACCUGGGUUUUAACUUCCUUGAAAACGAGUCACAAAAAGCUGCAAUACACAUAACCCGUGAGAAAAAGGUGGACAUUGCCAAGAAACAGUCGAGCCGCAACGUGUACCAGUGCCACGUCAUCGGCCCGAGGGCGUGCGGGAAAACUGCCAUUUGCCGGAGCUUCCUUGGCAUCGCACAUAAGAAAAUUAAACCAACCCAAGAGCGCGGAAGUGGCGACAGCACCGACAACUGCUGCAUCAACACGGUCCAAGUGUACGGCCAAGAGAAGAACCUCGUGCUCAAGGAGAUACCCAUCGCGCGCGUGUCGGACUCGCUCAACCCCAGCGAGGUCAACUGCGACGUCGCUUGUUUGGUUUAUGAUGUAUCCGCCAGCCGCUCGUUCGAGUACAUCGCGAGGAUAUACAUUAAAUAUUUCGCGGAGAGCCACAUCCCCGUGCUGAUCGUGGGCACCCGCAGCGACGUCCCCGUCCGGCAGGAGUACAUCCUGCAGCCCGAGGUGUUCUGCAGCAAGUACCAGCUGCUGCCGCCGCAGAGCUUCGCCGUGCGCGAGAACCGCCGCGACGUGUUCGUCAAGCUCGCCACCAUGGCCGCCUUUCCUCAAUUUCAAGCUGCUUGGAUUUUAUUCAGCAAACGCAGACACUUGAAGCACUUCGCAAGUUUCGCCGGCGAGAACUCCUCGUGGUGGAAGGCGGGGAUCGGGGUCGCGGCCGCCACCGUCAUGGGCCUCGUGCUUAUCAAGAUGUUCAACUUCCAGAAACGAUAACUGCCACCUCUGAGGCCGCUGUCCCACCGACGAUUACCUAGCGAGAGUAGAGACAUUCACUUACAGAUAGAGUGUUUGCGAAGAGUUUCCGAAAAUUUGGAAAAGUUCUCAGAAAUUUCAAGAAAAUUUCUUGUGAAAUACUUUCAUUUUGGAAAUGGAAAAUUUCGAUUCCCAUACAAAAAUAUGAGAAGUUGCCGAAAUUAUUCCAUGUAGGUAGAUCGCAAUUUUUGGGUACCUUUCGGACGGCACAUCGUUAGGGGCAUAAAUUCCAGAAAAAUGUCGGGUACGUGACGCUGUUUUUUAACACUAGGUAAAGCCGAUAAUUGGCAUGAUAACGUUUGAUAACUUAGCUUUAAAUUAAACGGUAUAUAUACAGAUUUCUGCAGGUUAUAAACUUAUUAGGUAGCUGCCAUACGCGUCACGUCCCAGUAGACAUUUUUGGGAAUCCCUCAUUACACUCACUUCUUCGGGUAUUUUUCUCUCGUGCUGCUCGGAGCAGCUAAUGGCGCUAAGCGCGAAAAUCGUUAUCCACAAACCAGUAAUGUAGAUUUUUUCAUACCUGUUAUGAUGUCACGAACACGGGAACAUUUUAUUUUAGUGACAGGGAACUACUUGUUUGAGCUUAGGUUAAACUUUGGACAAUAAAUUAUGUCGCAAUUAGGCGUUUCUAUUGUGGCAACAAACCUUAGGCAAAUUCUUCUCUUGAAAUAAGCGCGAUUAAAUGAGGUUCGGUGUCUGGCACCUAUAUAAGACAUGCAAACUACGUGCAUUUGAUCAAUUACGGUUUGUGGUUAUCACUAACUGCUCUCCGAAAGGCGUUGCCGUACCUACGCUGACGACGCGUAUGACGCGCAAACUUGACAAUCCUAAAUCGGUUUUGUUAGACAGUGGUGCUAAUGUGCGUAGGUAUAUAUUAAUUUCGCGGCAGAGUCGGAAGAAAUAGAACAAGAGAGUUCACGCCGGCAAUCUGCAACUGUCUGCCAGAACUACGAUUCUUGAGUUAGAUAUAAUAGCGUUAAUUGCAUUAGUCGGUUCCUUCCUCGUCGGUGGUGGGAUAGCUGCCUAUACAGUUGUAUUAGAUCAUCAUCUAUGAAUAGAGUGCAUCUCACACCAAAGACAUAGUUACAUUUGCUUCCUGCAGCUUAAUAUAAUACACAGUAUUUUGUUUUUUAAAUGUAAAUAAAGUUUUAUUUAUUCCUG